CAUUGACAUCAGAGACUGCAGCACGCAGCGCGGCGCCAGCUCGGAGAGUCUGCGUGUGGACGCCCCUGGCUCCUCCCACAUGUCCAGUCACAACGGGGAGCAGCGCAUCCUGACCGUCUACGGACAAGGGGAGGGCCCUCUGGCGGUGGACGGCCAUGACACCCUCUUUGUCGCGUCACAGCUGGAGGCCUUGAGCUCGCUGUCCGCUGACCACAGCGUGGCCAAGAGCCUGAACUGCAGCGUGAGGCUCGUCUGCCUUGAGGGGCUGACUGGGCAUCAGGGCGGCCGCAAGGGCCGGCCCGGUGUCUUGUGUGGAAAGGUUAUUCCCAACAAUGCCAAUAUGAUCGUCCACAUGAUGCCUCACUCUGGGGAGAAGCCCUACAAGUGUGACCAAUGCAUGAAGCGCUUCAGUCUGAAAGGCACCUUGAAGAUCCACCUGAGGACUCACUCCGGGGAGAAACCCUACAGGUGUGACCAAUGCAAGAUGCGCUUCAGACAGAAAGGCCACCUGAAAUGCCACAUGAGGACUCACUCCGGUGAGAAGUCCUACAAGUGUGACCAAUGCAGGAAGUGCUUCAGUCAGAAAGGCCCCCUGAAGCGCCACAUGAUGACUCACUCUGGGGAGAGGCCCUAUAGGUGUGACCAAUGCACGAAGGGCUUCAGUCUGACAAGCAGCCUGAAGAUCCACAUGAGGACUCACUCCGAGGAGAAGCCCUACAAGUGUGACCAAUGCACGAGGAGCUUCAGUCGGAAUAACAUGCUCAAGAACCACAUGACGACUCACUCCGGGGAGAAGCCCAACAAGUGUGACCAAUGCACAAUGCGCUUCAGUCAUGGCCGCACCCUGAAGUUCCACAUGUCGACUCACACCGGCGAGAAGCCCUACAGGUGUGACCAAUGCACGAAGCGCUUCAGUCGGAAAGGCCACCUGAAGAUCCACCUGAGGACUCACUCCGGCGAGAAGCCCUACAAGUGUGACCAAUGCCCGAAGCGCUUCAGUCAGAAUUACGUCCUGAAGAACCACAUGAGGACUCACUCCGGGGAGAAGCCCUACAAGUGUGACCAAUGCACGAAGUGCUUCAGUGAGAAAGGCAACCUGAAUAGCCACAUGAGGAGUCACUCCGGGGAGAAGUCCUACAAGUGUGACCAAUGCACGAAGUGCUUCAGUGAGAAAGGCACCCUGAAGAGCCACCUGAGGACUCACUCCGGGGAGAAGCCCUAUAAGUGUGACCAAUGCACGCUGCGCUUCAGUCAUAAUAAAAUCCUGACGGUCCACAUGAGGACGCACUCCGGGGAGAAGCCCUACAAGUGUGACCAAUGCACGAAGCGCUUCAGUCGGAAAGGCCACCUGAAGAUCCACCUGAGGACUCACUCCGGCGAGAAGCCCUACAAGUGUGACCAAUGCCCGAAGCGCUUCAGUCAGAAUUACAUCCUGAAGAACCACAUGAGGACUCUCCGGGAGAAGCCCUACAAGUGUGACCAAUGCACGAAGUGCUUCAGUCAGAAAUGCGACCUGAAGAACCACAUGAGGACUCACUCCGGGGAGAAGCCCUACAAGUGUGACCAAUGCACGAAGCGCUUCAGUCGGAAAGGCCACCUGAAGAUCCACCUGAGGACUCACUCCGGGGAGAAGCCCUACAAGUGUGACCAAUGCACGAAGCGCUUCAGUCGGAAAGGCCACCUGAAGAUCCACCUGAGGACUCACACCGGCGAGAAGCCCUACAAGUGUGACCAAUGCAAGAUGUGCUUCAGUCAGAAAGACACCCUGAAGAUCCACCUGAGGACUCACUCCCGGGGGAGGCCCUGCGUGUGUCUGCAGUGCGAUGUCAGCUACAGCGACCCAAGCAAUUUGCGUGUGCACAUGCUCAAGCACACUUUGGCACGGGGUAGCGGGACGCUUUGAUUGAGACCGCUGUCCUGUAUUGGUUGAUAUUACAGCUUUUAGUUUUUCUUUUCAUUACGAUUAAAUGCUUUCCAAUUUUGAUUCGCUUUCUGUUUUUAUUAAUAAUUGAUGUCUGUGUUGAAUAACUUAUUUCUAGGACAAAGAUGAUUGAAGAUGAUCCAUUUUAAAAGGUUCCUGGUUAAAUGUCUAGAUCUCAGUGAUGCUCAGUUUAGGCCGGUCGUCCCUCUAGAAGGCAGCAUUAUUCUAACGGGACAAAGUCAGAAGAUUCCUAGCAUUGGUCCCCCUUCACUCCCUGUUUGCAACGGCGGCUGGUGAUCCAAUUCGUGGGUGGGGUGCAGUAAUGGACGGGGGUCCUCCCCAAGAAAAUAUAGAAUUGGUUUCUGGGAUGCCCACUAGCUAAAAAUGUAUUCUGAUUCAUAGCCUACAUCCUGACUUGCAGGGCCUGGACAAGCUUACACUGCUUUCACUUUCAUUCCACUAGCCAUUGCUAUUUCACCCAUGGUUGUUAUUCUGAUAUUGAGGCAUAUCAUGAUCAAUGUCCUAUAGGGUUUUACCCGAGUCUCAAGGUCUAUUUCAAAUGCUGUUUGGGACCGUUUUUUAUAUGCUACAUGCCAAAAGACUUAAUUAAUAUGUAACUUACUUGUUCCUUUUAAGUAUAACAUUGCGUGAUUGAGGAGUCCAAUUCCUCCACUGAAAUGGGUAGAAAGUGCUUUUACGGCUCUCUGCUAAUUAACAAACUAUCACUUCUCUCUGCAUGUAGUUAUGUUGUGCAAUGCACGAAUGCUGCUGAGGGAGGUAGCCUAUUAGAUUCAUUGGCUGAAUUGUCCAAUCGGCUCCAAAUUACUACAAUGUGUUGAAACACAAGACAGUGUAGUGACAAGUGUUUCUUCAAUACUCUGAGUAAUUCAGUUACUGUUGGGAAAGGAGAACAAGCCUAUCUUGAUGAAUCCUUCAUCAUGUUGUGUGUUCAGUAACCGGGGUAGGUUUCGUGUUCGGUCUUUCUUCUUUUUACUUUGUGUGUGUGUGUCUGCAGUUCAGAAGGUGAACUGCACCGAGGAGGAUUCACCGCCCCCAAAUGGUUCCACAUGCAUUAACUUUGAUACGUCUUUGAUGUUUAGUUCAUCGAAUAGGAACCUGUAUAUUCAACAAACCAAUAAGAACCAAUGCAAAAGAAUUAAAAUGUACCACUAUAUCAAAACUAAAAGGAUAUUUUCCCGACGGCCUGGAGGUCAACAUCCAAGCUUGGAUGCUAAUGAGGAAGAGGAAAUGGAAAGUACAUAUGGGGAUUCUGAUGGGGAUUAGUGUCCUUUGUGUUAUGUUUUAUUUAAUGCAGUGGAAUGCCAGGAGUCUGGUUGCAAAUGGGCAAGAGUUUAAACAAAUGUUGGAUGGUUUUGAGGAAAAGACAGAAUUAAUUUGCAUUGAGGAGACUUGGUUGAAACCAAGACUGGAUUUUAGAAUUCCGGGAUAUAAGUGUGAAAGGAGAGAGUACGGCAGGAGGGGGGGGGGGUGCAACUUUUAUUAAGAAUGGAGUUCAAUAUAGAAGAAUGGAGAUGGAUACAGUGUGGGAAUGUGUUGUCACAGAAGUGUGGACUGACCGGGGGGAAAUCUCCAUUGUUUAUUUGUAUAACCCCUGCAUCAAGUUGGAGGAGAUUCAUUUUCAGGAAAUUUUGGAUAGGAUUAGUGAACCAAUGGUGUGGGUUGGGGAUUUUAAUGCACAUAAUGAUCUGUGGGGAAGCAAGAAGAGAAAUAGGAAUGGGAAAAUUGUAGAAGAGUUUAUAGACAAAAAACAGCUAGUGGUGUUAAAUGAUGGUCGACCUACAUGGUUCAGAACAAGUCGGACAGGGUUGGAUUUACAGAGCAAUGAUAAGAUCAGCACUUGAUUAUGGAUGCAUGGUUUAUGGAUCAGCAGCUCUUUCAGUGUUAAACAAAUUAGACAUAGUCCAAGCAAAAGCCUUAAGAGUGUGCUGUGGAGCAUUCUGUACAACUCCAAUAGCAGCAUUACUAAUAGAAAUGGGUGAGAUGCCGCUAGUAUUAAGAAGAUAUAAACUUGGCUUGAAAUACCUAAUAAAGCUCCAAGGACAAAGGGAAGUGUUACCAACAAAAGACCUACUGAGUGAUCAUUGGGAGUUUAUGGGAAUCAGAAAAACUAAAACUAACUUUGCAGAAAAUCUUAAAUCAGUGGCGCAGGAAAUUGGUAUUAGGGAUGUUAGUGUUUGUUCUCCAGUGUGUCGCUCAGUUGCUCCGUCAUGGUUGAUCCCAGAUCUGGUUCAGACUGU